GUCAGUUUAACUCUUAGGACACCAAAUUAAGGUUGAUUAAAGAAAUGUGACAACCCUGAUCUAAAUGUCUUCUAGCUGGAAGCAUUUUUCUGCUCUCUUACAGAGACUAAACCGUCGUUCUAGUCCUAUUCUUAUCUCAGGAAACAGUGUGGAUGUCUUGUAUUCUCCUGAGCAGUUCUUCACUACACUAAAGGAUGGUGUGGCAAAAGCUAGAGAGAGAAUCAUCCUCUCAUCACUCUACCUCGGUACACAGAAGAGAGAGCAGGAACUGGUCAGGCUCAUAGGUGACUCCCUCUCGGACAAGCCCGCCCUCCAUUGCUCCUUGCUGCUGGACUAUCUCAGAGGGUCUAGAGGAGCGCCUAACUCACGGAGCAUGGUUCAACCGCUCGUGAACGAAUAUGAGGACCGUUUCAAACUUAACCUCUACCAUACGCCCAAUCUAAGGGGAUGGUUAAAGUGGGCGGGGCCUGAGAGGUUCAACGAAGUAAUGGGUCUACAGCACAUGAAGAUUUAUAUAUUUGAUGAUGACUUGGUAUUAAGCGGUGCUAAUCUAAGCCGCGACUACUUUGUGGACAGGCAAGAUCGGUACAUCUGGUUUAAAAACUGCCCACAGCUCACGGACUAUUUCGCAGAGCUAGUGACUACGACAUGCUCACACUCCUUCACUCUAAAGCCUGACGGAGCCACUGAGGCACCCAGUAGUGUGGCAACAGACCCUCUAUCGUCUAGACAAGCUGCUCAAGUAUUCAGAACUUCUCUAAAUCGAGCCAUUUCCGAUUUGAUACAAAAACAGCACCCUAUGGACAAAGACAUUGUGUGUGGUGGUGAAGGGUUAAACGUGAAAGAAGGAUUAGACACUGCCGUGUUUCCACUGGUACAAAUGGGUUAUUAUAACAUCAGACAAGAUGAGGAGAUGACUGAGGAGUUAUUUGAAGGUCUUAGUGAUGGGGAUCGACUGUGUUUGGCGUCCGGUUACUUCAACCUUCCUCCCAGGUAUGUGGAGGCACUAUUGGAGGGGAAAGGAGAGUACCACAUCCUGGCUGCUUCACCUCAGGCUAAUGGCUUCUACGGUGGCAAGGGAGUGGCUGGUCAUGUCCCUGCCAUGUAUGCCCACUUUGCUCACAAGUUUCUCGAAAAAGCAUCGUCUCUUAGCUGUGUGGAAAGGAUUAACUAUCUGGAGUUCUACAGAGAGGGUUGGACCUUUCAUGGGAAGGGACUGUGGCUCUACCCUGCUGGAGAGCACUUGCCUCUGCUCUCACUAAUAGGCUCCAGUAACUAUGGUCAUAGGUCACUGACUCGGGACCUAGAGGCACAAGUUGCUCUAAUAACUACCAACCAAAAGCUGAGAGAAUCAUUGCAUCAGGAGAAGAUUGAAAUGUUUGAGUAUGGAAAGCGGCUGUCUUUGGCUGAUGUUACUGCAGAUGUCAGUAGAAAACUAACAUUUCUCGAGUGGCUAGCCACAACCAUUCUGAAACCUCAUGUUUAAUUGCUAUAAUUAUAAUGAUUCAUAAUACUCUUUAAU